AUGGCGCCAGUCCACCCGGUCACGCGCCCCAGCACCCACCGCGCACUCCGGCAAGACUCGCGCUUCGAGCCUUUAUCCGUGCAAACCGUGGCCAUCCCAGACGUGAUCCCAGGCUCUGCUAUCCUGCGCGUCGAAGUAGCCGGCAUCCUCAGCUACAUGCGAGAGAUCUACAACGGGGACCGCGCGUACCCGUAUCCGGUCCCUCUCACCGCGGGGUCCGGCGCCAUCGGCCGCGUCGUCGCACUAGGCCCCGACGCAACGAGGCUCACGCUCGGGGACCUGUGUCUCUUGGACGUCACCAUCAGAUCCAGAGACGGCCAGGGCGACAUCUACCUCAGCGCGAUCACGGACGGCUUCACGCCGGGGAGUAAGAAGUUGAUGGCCGAAGGGGGGUUCCGUGACGGCACGUACGCCGAAUACGUGAGAUUUCCGCUGGAGAAUUGCUUCCGCCUGGAUGAGCGGAAGUUGCUGGGUUCGCCCGAGGAGGGUGGGUGGGGGUACUUGAUGGAGGACUUGCCGUACAUUAACAAGAUGCUGGUACCGUACGGCGGCAUGGGCCCAUUGUGUAUUGAUGUGAAGCCGGGCGAGACGGUCGUUGUCGCUCCCGCCACCGGCUCGUUCGGCGCGGCCGCUGUGCAUCUUGCCCUGGAACUGGGUGCGGGAAAGGUGAUCGCCAUGGGAAGGAAUACAGCCGUGCUGGAGAAGGUCAAAGCACUCGAGCCAGACGACAAGAAGUCGCGAGUCGUCACUGUGCCGCUAACUGGAAUCCUCGAGAAGGAUCUAAAAGCUCUUACCGAUGCGAAAAAUGGUGGGGCUAUCGAUGUCUUCUUCGACAUAUCGCCGCCAAUGGCCAAAGAUUCUGCUCACGUCAAGGCGGGUGUCUUGUCUUUAUGCCAUGGCGGCAGACUGUGUCUGAUGGGCGGACUCAGAGACGACGUUGCUUUGCCGCAUCUGAUUGUGAUGCACUAUGACAUAACUAUCAAGGGUAAAUGGAUGUAUGAGCGUGAGGACGUGACAAGCUUCAUCAAGAUGGUGGAAAGCGGCACAGUGAGGCUACAUAACGACAAACGAGGAUGGAACAUGUAUGGAAGCCAAUGUAGGAAGAAGUAUCGAUUGGAAGACUGGGCAGAUGCUUUCGAUGAAGCACACAAGCUCUCUGGCGAGGGUCGUGUUGUCUUCGAGCCUUGA